CCCUGUGAGUGCUGCUCACCGUCUUCAGUUGUCACAAGAACCAGCCUGAACAAUCGAACCAUGGAAGCCAAACGACUAAUUUUUGGUGUUGUGUUUGUGGCCUUAACAAUAACAGGAAGCCAUGCUCAGUUGGAUGUUUGUGGCAUUGCUCCGCGAAAUACCAGGAUCGUAGGAGGUGAAGAUGCUCCAGCAGGAGCUUGGCCAUGGCAGGCCAGUCUGCACAACAUCGGCGGACAUUUCUGUGGAGGUUCUCUGAUCAAUAAGCGAUAUGUCCUGACAGCAGCUCACUGUUUUCCGAGCACAAGCACAUCUAAUAUUGUGGUGUACCUCGGACGUGAAACCCAACAGUUAUUAAAUUUCAACGAAGUGUCCCGUACUGUAAGCCGGAUCAUCAACCAUGAAAACUAUGAUGACUCUACAAGCGACAAUGACAUAAGUCUGCUGGAGCUCUCCUCUGAUGUCGAGUUCACCGAAUACAUCAGACCUGUGUGUCUGGCAGCAAGCGGCAGCGUGUUCAACGCUGGAACCACCUGCUGGGUCACUGGCUGGGGAACCAUUCAAACUGAUGUUCCCCUCGGUUUCCCUCAGAGACUGCAGGAGGUGGACGUUCCCAUCGUGUCUAAUGCUCAGUGUAGACUUUCCUACUCAACUCUCACUGACAACAUGAUCUGUGCCGGUCUGGCUGAGGGAGGAAAGGACUCCUGCCAAGGGGAUUCAGGCGGCCCACUGGUGUGUAAAAGUGGUUCAAGAUGGAUCGAGCCUGGAGUAGUUAGCUUUGGAAGGGGCUGCGCUUUAGCUGACUUCCCUGGAGUCUAUGCUCGAGUGUCCGUGUAUCAGGAAUGGAUCAACGGCAAAAUCCUCAGUGACCAGCCGGGCUUUAUCACCUUCACUUCAGAUGGUUCAUCCACUGGGGGCGAGUCCUCAGGAGCAGCUCAGCUGAUUUACCUUUCGGUUCCUCUGCUGCUCUCUGUCAUACCUCCUCUCCUCUCUCUUGCUGUACUUUCAUAG